AUGUCGGAAAAGAGCAAGAAGAAAGACAAGAGCAAGGUUGAGAAGACGUCGAAGAAGUCCAGCAAAGAUGGCAGCAUGCCGAAAGAGCAGAAACAGAAAGCAGCGGCCUCUGCAUUUGCUCUGCUAGCAGACGACAAGACUGUCAAUCCAACACUAUCGUCGCUGUUCGCAGUCAAGCAACCGCCUGUCAAAGCUAAGCCUGCAGCACCAAAGGAACCCCGUGUAAUCAGUACCGAGUCGAGCGACGAAGAGGGGGAAGCCGAAGACGAAGACAACGACGCCGAAUUGUCCGAGCUUGACGAAGAUCUGGACGAUGAGGAGGUGCCAGACGAUGACAGCGAGCCAAACGUGGAUGUAAAUUCUAUUAAACAGCACAUUGCGGAUGAGUCUGAAGAUGAAGGCGCCAAGUCAAAGCGCAAACGCAAGAGGAAGGCUGCCGACGAGGAGCUGGAAGACGUGUAUAUGGGCAAGCUAGCUCGAGAGGAGGAGAAGGAAGCUCGGCGAUUGGCGGCGGAACGUGCAACAAAGCGACAGAAGAGCGAGGCGCAAACAGAGUCUCCAGACGACUCUGACGAAGCAGAGGAAGAAGCUGUUGCUGGCGCUGAUGCCAAUGGCUCUGAUGUCGAAGUCGAGGAGGACGAGGACGCAAUGUCGCCACCACCCAAGCACGAGACGCAACAGCAAGCCGACGACGACCUGAGCAAGGCCAACCGAACAGUGUUUCUCAGCAAUGUUUCGACCGACGCCAUUUCUUCAAAGUCUUCUCGCAAGACUCUGCUCAAACACCUUGGCUCUUUCUUCGACAAACGCACUUCACCAAAGGCAGGCGACGCCAAGCACAAAGUUGAGUCAAUUCGGUUCCGCUCAACGCCCUAUGCUUCAGCCAUUCCAAAGAAAGCAGCGUUCGCCAAGAAGGAACUCAUGGAUGCCACCACAAAGUCUACAAACGCGUACGCUGUGUACUCCUCACCGAUCCUAGCACGAGAAGCUGCGAAGCGUCUCAACGGAACCAUUGUCCUCGACCGCCAUCUUCGUGUCGACGAAGUAGCACAUCCCGCCAAAGUCGACAACCGCCGCUGCGUCUUCGUCGGCAACCUAGGCUUCGUAGACGACGAAAGCAACAUCCAGGAUGCCAACGAAGAAGACGGCCGCGAAAAGCGGAAGCGCGGCAAGGAACCCGCCGACAUUGAAGAGGGCCUCUGGCGAACCUUUGGCAAAUGUGGUAGAGUCGAAAGUGUCCGCGUGAUCAGAGACAGCACUACCCGUGUCGGCAAAGGCAUCGCCUACGUUCAAUUCGAAGAUGAGAAUGCCGUGGAAGCAGCGCUCCUCUACAACGACAAGAAGUUCCCACCAAUGCUUCCACGAAAACUGCGCGUGUCCAGAGCAAAGGCGCAAAAGCGAAACCCCAAGCCAGGAUCUGAUCGCCCUGCCGCUAGGAAAGCCAACACCGGUGGCUACCAGCGCAAGAUUACGGGAGAAGAGGCCUCGAAGAUGGGUAGAGCGAGCAAGUUACUGGGACGAGCUGGAGCAGCACAGAUGCGCAGUACUGAUGCGCCACGACCAGGACCCAAGGAGCAGAAGACAGGAGCACCUGCGGCAGCGGAUGCGAUCAAGAAGCCUGAAGCUUUCAUCUUUGAGGGACAUCGUGCGACGUCGAAGCAGGGCAAGAGUGGGUUGAAGCUGGGCGGCAAACAUAAUAAGGCUUCUGGGGGGAAGAAGACGAAGGUUACGAGUAGAAGCUCUGCGUUCAAGGCGAAGAAGAAGGCUGCGUAA